GGCCGGCCUGGGCUAUGCCGUUCCGACACCCACGGUUUGCGUUGCGCUCAGACGAGCGAAAGGGACGUGGGUUGAGAUGCUGCAAACCGGGGCUGGCAGCGACGCGCGCCGCGAGGCACCAGAACGGUGAAGGAUCGGAUCCCGGAGAAGGCAGCGGGGAGCGCCGGGGAGAGGGGACCGCAGCGGGACCGGGGAGCAAAACGGCCGCGCCGCCGAGCCGGAAAUGGCUGUGCUCCCGAAGGCUGAUUGACCGAUUCGGCCGAAAGGAUCUGUCAGCACCCCUGAUGCGUUGGGAGCAAGGUGCUGUUUCUUCAUGUCAGGGAGAUGCUGGCUGUGAGCUGGAGGAAAGUGAAUUCUGCUCCAUUCAUGGAGAUUUGAAGAAGCCCCAGCAUCCCCAGGAGGGACCAGCAGCCGGGGUUCCACACUCGCCUGGGGCACAAGAAGCCACUUGGCAUCAGCAGGGGGCUGCCACUUGUGAGCGAGCAGUGAGUGAAGAUGUGGAGAAUGGAUUCUGCACCAGGGAUGGGAGUGUGAGGAAACCCCUGGACCCCCAGGGCACAUCAGCAACCAGCACUGAACACAAAAGGGACCUCAGAAGAUUCCUGGGUGAAUGCUUCAGGAGCCAUCCCGUGGGCACGGCGCUGCUGAUUCUGCUGCUGCUGCUGCUGCUGCUGGCUUUGGGGGUGGCCUUGGCUGUGCUGGCAGCAGCAGCACAUGUUCCAGUGACACCUGCGACUUGGCAGUGCUGUCCCCAUGGCUGGGUUGGCUGCAAUGGGGUCUGCUACUACUUGUCAAGGGAUCACAGCAGCUGGGAGCAGGCUGAGGAACGGUGCUCGGAGCUCGGGGCCUCCCUGGCCAUUCUGAAGGAUGAGGAGGAAAUGGGUUUGCUCUUCCGCCUCCGCGGGAACGGCGAUUACUGGCUCGGGCUGCGCAGACGGGGCGAGCGCCUGCACUGGGGGGACGGCAGCAGCUACAGCUCCCGGGUUCCUGUCCUCGGCAAUUCCGACUGUGUGUACCUGGCUGAGGAGAGAUUCAGGAGUGAGUUCUGCUCAAACGAGCGGCCGUAUGUCUGCAGCAGGGCCCAGGCUCCCCUGUAACUGGGGCUGCAGAAAGGACCUUCUCCAUGCUGGGCAGUGCCAGCUUCACCUCUCAGCCCAGCCCAGGGCUGUCCUUGCUCAGCUGCACCCUGUGCCUUGCCCUCGCUCUCAGGGUCACCUCAGUGCCUCUUCAUCCAUGCCCAGUGCCAGCGCUGGGCUGGGUGUGCAAAGGAAAAGGCUCUGCAAUCCAUCCUGCCUCUGAUGCUGCCUGGAGUGAGUGCAUCGCCCUCAUUGCACAACAAGCUCCAAUGGGAAAUCCAAAUCGCCCUGGGAUCUUGGAAAUCAUCACAAAGUGGCCAGAAUGUGACACUUUUCGACUGUCUUUGAAAGAGGAAGCGCAGCUGACACGUGCUGAGGAGGAAUCCCACUUUUGGCAUCAGGCACCUGACUGUGGAGAAUAGUCUGCUGUCUGUCUGUCUGCUGUGAAGCAUCUGACUGUGGGAGGAAUCCCAGGCUGGAGCAGGACAAGGAUUUGUCUCUGAGGAGGAAGCAGUGACAUGACGUGACUGUAACCCCCAUCCCCCUGUGCCGCUGUGUGGGGAGGAGGGAGGGAGGGCACUGGGGACAAAGUGAAGGCCAGGAAGGACAGAACAGUGUGGAGAAGGUGCAUUUUUUAGAUUUGGUGUACAUCUCACUGGCUUGCUCUGAUUUGUUUGAUAAUAAAUUCAUUUCAAUUUAAUGUCCCAGCUCUGGGCCUGUUCAGCCCAUGAUGGUGAGAGAUCUCUGGCUGCCUCUGUUGAGAGCCCCGAGCCUUUCCUGCUGUGCUCUGUUGCCUGCCCAGGGGCAGCAGCAGAGGCACAGAGCAGUUUUGCUGCCCCGGGCCCCUGGCCUGGCCCGGCCCAGCCCAAGAAUCGCUGCCAUCAUUCCCUGCACCAGGACCCGGCCCCACGGCGGCUGCGGGAGUUCCGAGUGGUCAAAACGGGAGCGAGGGAGAGGAGGCAGCUGGUGCCAGUGGCUGAAAUGGCUUUGCUGCCAGCUGGCAGGGAGAAAGUGGAGCAAAGUGAAGGGGAGAGAAAGAGGGACAAGGCUGGAGCAAUGGAAGGUGGCAGGGAUGGCCACGGGGCAGGCGGGCAUUUUGCUUUCCAGCUCAGUGGGAGGAAACCAAGAGCUGUCAAAUCCAUGGAGGAAAAGAGGGGAGAAAUAGCAGGUGGUGGAAAUCUCUGACAAUUGGGAUGAUUUGAUCUGCCUGAACUGCACAGGCCGACAGACUCCGAGCACCGCCAGCGUUGGGAUGUGCCUGGCCCUGCCCCUGCCCUGCUGCAGCAGCCCCUGCUGAGAUGGCCCCUUGUCUCUAAAGGAGCUGCACCGAGGGACGGGUGAGGUGCUGCUGCAGUAAGAUUGAGAGAAUAAAAUAAACAGAAUAAAAAUGUG